UUCGGCGGGCUAGCGGGCGCGCGAGGCCAUGGUCGUGGUCCCCUGACGGGCCGCGGCCGCCUCCAUGAAGCGGAAGAGCGAGCGGCGGCCGAGCUGGGCCGCCGCGCCCCCCUGCUCGCGGCGGUGCUCGUCGUCCUCGCCGGGAGGGAAGAAGAGCCGCAGCUCCACGUCGCAGGAACUGCACCACCUGGACCGGCAGGACGACCUGUACCUGGACAUCACCGAUCGCCUUUGUUUUGCCAUUCUCUACAGCAGACCAAAGAGUUCAUCAAAUGUACAUUAUUUCAGCAUAGAUAAUGAACUUGAAUAUGAAAACUUCUACGCAGAUUUUGGACCACUCAAUCUAGCAAUGGUUUACAGAUAUUGCUGCAAGAUUAAUAAGAAAUUAAAGUCCAUUACAAUGAUGAGGAAGAAAAUUAUUCAUUUUACUGGCCCUGAUCAGAGAAAACAGGCAAAUGCUGCUUUCCUUGUUGGAUGUUAUAUGGUUAUAUAUUUGGGGAAAACUCCAGAAGAAGCAUAUAGAAUAUUAAUGUUUGGAGAUACAUCCUAUAUUCCUUUCAGAGAUGCUGCCUAUGGGAGUUGCAAUUUCUACAUUACACUUCUUGACUGUUUUUAUGCAGUAAAGAAGGCAAUGCAGUAUGGCUUCCUUAAUUUCAAUUCAUUUAACCUUGAUGAGUAUGAAUACUAUGAAAAAGCAGAAAAUGGAGAUUUAAAUUGGAUAAUACCAGACCGAUUUCUUGCCUUCUGUGGACCUCAUUCAAGAACCAGACUUGAAAGUGGUUACCACCAACAUUCUCCUGAGGCUUAUAUUCCGUAUUUUAAGAAUCACAACGUUACUACCAUUAUUCGUCUGAAUAAAAGGAUGUAUGAUGCCAAACGCUUUACGAACGCUGGUUUCGAUCACUAUGAUCUUUUCUUUGCGGAUGGCAGCACCCCUACUGAUGCCAUUGUUAAAGAAUUUCUGGAUAUUUGUGAAAAUGCAGAGGGUGCCAUUGCAGUACACUGUAAAGCUGGCCUUGGACGAACAGGCACUUUGAUAGCCUGCUACAUCAUGAAGCAUUACAGGAUGACAGCAACCGAGGCCAUUGCUUGGGUCAGAAUCUGCAGACCUGGCUCAGUGAUUGGACCUCAGCAACAAUUUUUGAUGAUGAAACAGGCAAGCCUCUGGAUGGAAGGUGACUAUUUUCGUCAAAAGUUAAAGGGUCAGGAGAAUGGAAAACACAGAGCAGCUGUCUCAAAACUCCUCUUGGCUGUUGAUGACAUUUCAAUCAAUGGGGUCGAGAAUCAAGACAAGCAAGAACAUGAACUGUACAGUGAUGACGACGAAAUCAAUGUAGUGACACAAGGUGAUAGACUUCGAGCCCUGAAAAGCAGAAGACAAUCAAAAACAAACGCUAUUCCCCUCACAGUAAUUCUUCAGUCCAGUGUUCAGAGCUGUAAAACAUCUGAACCUAACAUUUCUGGCAGUGCAGGCAUUACUAAAAGAACCACCAGAUCUGCUUCAAGAAAAAGCAGUUUUAAAAGCCUGAUUCCUCAGAGGGAAAGAAGGAAAAGGAAUGCUUUGCAACAAAUGCCCUUAAUGGCAUUAUGUCCCUCCAUUUCAAGGACUAAAACAGUCUUGCGUUAAGUAAAAACCUGUGACCAGAACUGAAGGAAGACUCUAGGAACAGAAAACUACAACAGGACUUUAGCACGAUUUAUUUGGAAACAAAACAGAAUUGCAAAAGCCUUAGCUGCUUUCCACCUAAGAAGUUCAUUCAAUGAAGAAAAUGUCCACUGGAACUUAAAUAACUACAUGAGUUUGGGUACAAGUGAAUGACUUGAAGAGGGCCCAACUCUCCUUCUAUAGAAAUGUCUUUAACAAAAAAGCUGUUGUAAAUUAGUCUCAGGUGUAAAUAUCAAAGCCCUCUGUUAUCAGGAGAGCUGACUAGUCUGUGUGGUGCACGUGUGUCCCUGUGAUGGCAAUCAUUUUAGCUGCUGGCCUUCAGAAGAAUUGAGGGUCUGAUGGAGGUUUUUUACUUAUUUAUUUGCUGUUCACCCUGUGUCAAAAUUUAUAAAGAUAAAACAAGCAUUACUGAAAUGGUACUUUCUGUAAUUUGAUACUAUUUGGUUUAAUCAUCUUCACUUUAGUAUUUGUAAUACUGUUGUAAUGUUAACUCUGUUAAGUACCCAAGCUGCUUGUCUUCCACCAAAGAGUGCUUUAUUAACAAGAAUCUGUGAAAACCACAUUUAAAGACUGUUGCAUGUUGCGGUACUUUGGUAACCUAAAGCUUUCAAGAGAAUGUUAAUAGUAGCUUUAGAAGACUCAGGAGGAGAAACUGGCUUCAGAGUUGGAAGAUGGUUGUAAGUCAUUCCUUUGUCAUUUCGAGACUGAAGAAUGCCAAGGCUGCCCACUAUUUGGUUGCCCAGUCAUACAAAUUAAAAUCAUAUUUCCUUCCAUGCAGGAAAAAACCCCACACUGUUGGUGUUUCCCCUGGAAACAGUGAUCCCAAAUAAUGGUGACUUUUUAAAAAAGUUACUUUGUUAGGGUCUUUCUCUGUAGCAUUGUGGAUUUUUUUUGUUAUGUGCAUGACCUAAGGCCAUUCACACACCCUUUGGUUUCAGUGACAGUUAUUCGUAUCUGGAUUUCAGUUGUUUGUAAAUAAGAAACUCACUGUUGCCUUUGGUUAGGGAAUACAACUAAUAACUCUUUGCAGAGUGCCUUCUCCCCUCAACCCCACAGAAACACAGCAGAGUCUGUAAUGUAAAACAAUCACAAAACAGAAUUUAUUUGCUGCUAAAAAAAAAAAAAAAAUGGGACCCAAAAGAAAAAAAUAUUUGUAAUCAUCUUGGUUACUUCCAUAAGAAGUGAAUGGUUUAGUUAUUGUUAACCAGUGUUUGCCUGUCCUAGUUUGGAGAAUGGGGAGAUGAUACAAUAUUAAAAGGCAAAAUGCCUUCACGUUAUAAGAUGAAUGAAUCAGGUCAGUAGGCAAUUCCAUUUUUAAAAAGCUGCCUUUUUAAUACAAAUAUGAAGAAUAAGGAAUGGUUGGAAUAAACAGAUUAAAGUCUGUUAAUGCAGAAAGUAAUUAGAAGACGGUGGAUCUAUUUUGGUAUUUACUCUCUUGGAGUAAAUUGUAAGGUUGCCUAGUUUUGAGGGGAGAUGGAAGAUGCCAUUGUUUUGGCCAAACAAGCAGCUCGUCCUCAUUGGGCACCAUGAGGGCCAUGCCAGCUUUUAAACAUCAGGACUAGACCUCAGAAAAACAGUACUUUUCUAUCCCUGGAAGUUCAUAAAUACAAAGACCUACUUACCUGAGGGAAGACAGCUCUUCAUUAAGCUUUGAGUGGGAGGGGAAACCUUCUGUUUGCUGUGUUGGUCUGGGAGAUGAUACUAAAUAUUCAAGCUGUGCCCAGGCAUUAAACACUGAAUUCUCAGGGCAACUCUUCUUCCCUUUAUACUUUUAAAGGCCAUCUUCUACAUAAAUAAUCCCGGUAGUUGUGAAAAUCAAACUUCCAUCUGAACCGUUCUUGCUGGUCAGAACAAGUAAAUGUGCCGUCACCCUCACAGUGAAUAAGCCAUUUGGUGUCUCUUGGGCGUCAAUGUACUUUUUGUUUUACAAAUUGCCUUUUUGUGUGGCUGCUCAAGUUUCCAGCUAGAAUUGCUGUCACUGUGGUUCUUUCUAAAAAUCCUUGUAUUUGACAGGUUCACUGAAAUUAGUCAUAGCAAACUAGUCAUUUGUUAAAGAAGCAUUCCUUGGAACACACAAUUUGGGAUAGUGCUUCAGAUGGAUUGUAUAGCACAGUGUUAAAUGUACUGGGGACAUCUAGAAUCUAGGAAGUCUCUGGAUCUGAUUGAUGGAAAGUUCUUCCUGCUGUGAAUAAAAGUAGACUCUUCCCCCGGCCCCCAACUGAAACUUUAACAUACCCAAGAAUCUUCUCAGAUUCUCAUUUUUAAUUUGUUAUAGAAGAUCUUGUUGCUAUGGAAUAUGAAACAGGGCAUGUCAGAUGGAGAGAUUUCUUUAACUUCAGAGCCUUAAAUAACUUUGAAAGUACACCAAGACAGUUUCCAUUGGAAUUAAAAUUAGAAAUGAAUAUUUUUAGGUGCCCUUGAAGCUUUCUGGGGACUCAAACCAUCAAGAGUUAGGGACAGUCCAAAAGAAGGGUGUCUGCCAAACUGGGUACCUAGACAUAUAGACAGACUUCCAUUAUGUAAUGCUACAGAAAAACUAGAAAUCCCUCUAACCUGUCAGUGACGAGGGAUGGAUCCUGAGCAGUGCCUCACUAAAACAAGCAGCCUUACUUGUCAAGAUGUAGCUGCAUCUAAGCGGCCCGCCACUCUUCUAGUCUCCAGAAUUUUUCUGUUGUGAACUCGAUCCUCUUAGCCUGUCCCCCACCCACUUCCUUCCCUGCCCUCCUCCGCCUCUCACAGGGGUGAUUUCUACCUCUUGGGCCCCGACAAGAUUGAAGGAGUCCCCAAGUGUUCUCAUGAGGCGAUGUGUCUCCCCUUGGGUGAACCGUUUGGACCAUCGGGUGUUCUGGGCCGCGUCAUGCCAAGAGCUCCGGGAGCCCUUCCCUUGCUUGACCAGUGGGCCUUGCGUUCCUUUGAUGUUUGUCAGAAAGCGGCUGAGCUGCUUCUCUUCAUACGGUUUUUAAAGUGAUUAUUGCAUUUUGGAAAGCAGUGCUCAUCACAACUUUAAAAACAUAUUUUAAUUCUUUCAUAGUUCUUUCCCACCGAAACUGUCCUUGUGUGGCUAGCUGCUGCUCUUCCUUUUCUCCUAAAUCUGAGUAUUCUCCAUGUCACUAAGUGGAAAUACUACAGAUGUGUUUAAUUGACUGGACAGUUCACCUAAUCUGUGUAGGAAAUUACCUCCUUAAUUGCCCAGUAGAAUUAACUGUCAGCAGAUGUAUUCAUCUGAUUAUAUUACUGCAGUUUUAUAUUAAUGAUUUGCAGACUUUUAUCUAACCUGCACUCAUGUAUAGAUUAUUAAAACUUUUAAAAUGUAACUGAUUAAUCAGUAUUGGAUCAAUCAUUGUCUUGAUUUUUUUUAAUUAAAAUGUAUAUUUCUAAUCAUAUUUUAUAAAGCUGAGAGAACUGGUUGAAUGAAUGUCUAUUUUCCUGAAGGUAUUUUUAAGAUAAAGCUUCAUAAUGGCAUGUAAACUUUGCAUAUCUAUAUAGUUUGAUACAUAUUGUCACAUUUGUGUAUUGUAACUGGUUUUAUAUGAAAUGUUGAAUAGUGGAAAUUGUAUAAUUAUAAUCAUGUAAUUAAAAGUAUUAACCAAA